AUGUCACAUACAAAAAAACAAAAAUUACACGAUGUUCGAAAUUUUUUACCGUCAUGGACAAUUGAAUAUGGAUUUAUUAAAUAUGUAGAUCAAAGUCGAUGUGGUUUGUGCUCUGAAGUUAUUGUGUCUCGGACAUUUUCUAUCAAACGGCAUUUUGAAACAAACCACAAAGAAAUUUCUGAGUUAAAUAUUGCCGAAAGAAAAGAAGUUAUUUCUCAACGCUUGAAGGCAAUUGAAAACCAGUCUAAUUUGUUAUGUAAAUUCGUAAAAACCUCUAAUAAUGUCACUGAAGCAAGUUUCGAAAUUUCUCAUUUGAUUGCCAAACACUCGAAACCAUUUUGUGAGGGUGAGUUUUUAAAAACAGUCAUGUUAAAAGCUGCUCCUAGUUUGUUUCAAGAUUUUAAUAAUAAAGAUAAAAUACUUCAAAGAAUUCAAGAAUUACAACUAAGUAGAAAUACUGUUAAAGAAAGAAUUUUAAAAAUGACCGUCAAUAUUUCUGAUCAACUUCAGUCUGAUAUUAAUAGUUGUAAUUUUUUUUCGAUUUGUUUGGACGAAACAACUGAUAUAAAGUCAUCUGCUAGAUUAGCAGUUUUUGCACGUUUUUCAAAUGGAAAUGAAAUGCGCGAAGAACUUUUAAAAUUAGCUGAUAUACCGGAAAGAACAAGAGAUAGAACACCCAAUAUGACUGGAGCACAAAUAGGUUUUGUUAAGGUAUUUGAAAAGCAUGUCGAACAUCCAAUAAUUGGAUUUCACUGCAUUAUACAUCAGGAAAUGUUGUGUUCCAAAAUUGGUACCAGUAAUUUAAAGAAAUUGUCAGAACAAGUUAAUAAAAUUAUUAAUUUUAUAGUUGCUCGUGAUAUGCAUAAAAGUCAAUCUAAAAAACUUUUAAAUGAUGUUAACUGUGAAUAUGAUACUCUUUUAAUGUGCAAUAAUGUACGUUGGCUAAGCCGGCCGUAUCGUUAG